CGUCCUCAUCCCGUGGAUGUAACCGUCCAUCUUGUGGCGGCGCAGAGAGAAGAGCAGCAGACAUGGCUGACUACAGCAGCGUGGCUCCCCCGUCCUCUAACGCCGGCGGCGGCAUGAACGACGCUUUUAAAGACGCUCUACAGCGAGCACGACAGAUCGCAGCAAAAAUCGGUGGUGAUGGAGUUGCGGCACCUCCAACUAAUGAAUUUGGCUACGGAGGCCAGAAAAGGCCCCUGGAGGACGCUGGUGGGUAUUUUCCCAUGCCUAACCUGAAUAUCGACCAACCGGAGACAAAGAAAGUGGCUACAAAUGAUGCCUUUUCAGGGAUGGGAGGAAUGGGUGGCCCCCCGAGGUCAAUAUCAGAGGAAUUCAAGGUGCCAGAUGGGAUGGUUGGAUUCAUUAUCGGAAGAGGCGGCGAACAAAUAUCGCGUCUGCAGCAGGAAUCUGGAUGUAAAAUACAGAUUGCACCUGACAGUGGAGGAAUGCCAGAUAGGUCAGUGACAUUAACAGGACCUCCAGAGUCCAUCCAGACUGCAAAGAGGCUACUAACAGAGAUUGUAGAGAAGGGGCGUCCAGCUCCAGCGUUUAACCACAACGACGGCCCGGGGAUGACUGUCCAGGAGAUUAUGGUCCCUGCCUCUAAAGCCGGACUUGUCAUUGGGAAGGGAGGUGAAACCAUCAAAAGCCUUCAGGAAAGAGCCGGAGUAAAGAUGGUCAUGAUCCAAGACGGGCCCCAAAACACAGGCGCAGACAAGCCACUCCGCAUUUCAGGAGAGCCCUUUAAAGUUCAGCAAGCCAAAGAGAUGGUUAUGGAGCUGAUCAGAGAUCAGGGCUUCAGGGAGCAGAGGGGCGAGUAUGGCUCACGAGUCGGGGGAGGCGGAGGAGGAGGAGGAGGCGGCGACAGUCUGGAUGUUCCCGUCCCCCGGUUUGCAGUAGGAAUUGUGAUUGGCAGAAACGGAGAGAUGAUCAAGAAAAUCCAGAACGACACAGGAGUCAGGAUCCAGUUUAAACCAGAUGACGGCAGCACACCAGACAGGAUAGCACAGAUCAUGGGCCCGCCCGACCAGGCUCAGCACGCAGCAGAGAUCAUAUCCGAUCUGCUGAGGAGCGUCCAGGCCGGUGGGCCUCCAGGACACGGUGGUGGCAGAGGCCGUGGUCGCGGGCAGGGGAACUGGAACAUGGGCCCCCCUGGUGGCCUGCAGGAGUUCACCUUCACCGUGCCAACCAUGAAGACCGGCCUCAUCAUUGGGAAAGGUGGUGAGACGAUCAAGGGCAUCAGCCAGCAGUCUGGAGCCAGGAUCGAGCUGCAGAGGAAUCCUCCACCCAACGCGGACCCCAACAUCAAGAUGUUCACGGUUCGCGGCUCCCCUCAACAGAUCGACUACGCCAGGCAGCUGGUGGAGGAGAAGAUCGGGGGACCAGUCACUCCAAUGGGCGGCCCACACGGCCCCCCUGGUCCACACGGAGGUCCAGGCCCACAUGGUCCUCCUGGACCACCAGGACCUCCUGGGGCUCCCAUGGGUCCAUACAAUCCUGGACCAUACAACCAGGGACCUCCAGGACCGCACGGUCCACCUGCGCCUUACCAGCCUCAGGGAUGGGGCAACGGCUACCCACACUGGCAACAGGGGCAACCUGAUCCAAAUAAAGCAGCAGCCGAUGCCAACGCAGCAGCGUGGGCAGCCUACUACGCUCAGUACAGCCAGCAGCCACAGGCGCCCAUGACCCCGACAAGCGGCGCUCCCGGCACGACUCAAACCAACGGACAAGGUGACCCACAGGCUGCAGGUCAGAGUGGACAGGCAGAUUACUCCAAGGCCUGGGAGGAAUAUUACAAGAAAAUGGGUCAACAGAAUCAGCAACCUCAGGACUACACGAAAGCCUGGGAGGAGUAUUACAAGAAACAAGGUCAAGCGGCCCCUCAGGCCACCGCGACAGCAGCUCCAGCCACUCAGCCUGGAGGCCAGCCAGACUACAGCGCCGCCUGGGCGGAGUACUACCGUCAGCAGGCCGCUUACUACGGCACAGCCAACCCUCAGACGAUGGGCGCAGCGCCACAAGCCCCUCAGGUACACCCCUGAUAAGAAUCUGCCCUCCAACAUUAGCACUGAAUACUCAAAUCUUUUUUUUUGUGCCGUAACCCCCGCUUGCCUCCUCAGGUUUUUACAGGGUUCCAGUGACCGCAAGCAGCUUCACAAACUUUUAACCAAAAACCAUUUCCUCCCUACAAACAGGCUUAUAACUUUUAUUUUUUAUUUUGGGAAGCUGAGUCUACUGUUUCCGCUGUUAACAUGCAAUGUAUCUUCUAUGUAUUUUUUUGCACAGGGCCAGUAAUGUGAAGUGGACAUAAAGUAAAUGCUACAUUGUCGAAACAAAAUCCUUUGUUAAAUGUUUGGAUGCAGACGCCUUGAUGAAGAUCUUAAAUUUCCUUGGUUUGAAAGUGUUUCACAUAGAUGGCAGAUUACCCGGAGAACACGUCCUCUUUCUUUUUUUCUUUUUUUUUCUUUGUGUUUUUCUUUUUUCUUGUAAAUGCUUUUUUUUGUUUUUAGUGAGGUAAUUAUACAUAUGGUCAUUCCAGCCCCCUGUAUCUACAUUAAAUGUGGUUAGAACUCAUGUUUAUUAAACUGUAGACAUUACCAUGUAAAUCAUCUCAGUUUUAAAAAGAAUGCUAUUUGCCUGUUGUGUUUUUGCAAUAAAACAAACUGAAACCUCCUGUGUUGGUAAGUUGGGGUUUGGUUUUAAAACCAAAAGGGGUUUGAUGGAUUUCUGUAUUUUUGUUUGUUGUUUUUUAUGGGGGUAAAAAAAAGAACAGUUUAUAGAAAAAAAAAAAAAUAGCAGGCCGUGUGUUGGGGGGGUUUAAUUGUCCAAAAAGGUUGACUCAAAGUUUUGCUGUCCUGUCUCUCUCCAACUGUCUAUAAGGCUCGUAGAUACAUUAUGUGCGUGCAUUGAUCCUGAGUGGUUCAGACCAACAAACAUCCUUGUUGAUGGACUUUUAUUUUUUAUUACCACACACUCUUGUUUCAUGACAUUGCUCUGACUUUAGCCGUAGACGGAUGUUUGUCAUAAGUCGACAGGUUAUCCAUGUACUCUCAUGCAUUAACUGCGUUGCUGUGGCGGCUUUUUUAAAAAAGUUUCUGCUGACAUUGUUGAGGUAGUAUGCACUGUAUUUAUCCCUGAUAGACACUUCCUCCACAGGCAAGUUUAGAAAAGCGGUAAGCAAGUAUUUCUCAUAACCUGUUCCCCCCAGAAAACGUGGUUGCAAGAAAAAUGUUGCAUAUUUUUAGUGUUAUUAUUAUAUAUCUAUAUAUAUUAUAUUUUUUGUGCUGUUCUUUUUCCAGGACAGUCAGGUAAAUUUGCCACUGUAUCGAAAAAUGCAUUGAAACGUUUUGUCUUGCCCGUAUUUUUUUGACAUUGCGAACUAACUCACAUGUAUAAUUGUUUUUUUAAAUGUUUUUUUAAUAUAAAAACAUUGCAAACGAUUGCUGUGCCCAUUCUGUUAGUUGUUUAUCCAAUUAUAAGAACAUAGAUGUUGUAGGGCCGGGGGUGGCUAAGCAGUCUUCAUCCAUCAGUUGAGCCCUCCUAAUACUGUAAGUACAAAAAAAACAACAACUGUGACUGACUUUUGAGAGAUUACCCGCCUCUUAUAUUUUUGAUGCUUUAUAAACUGCAUUGGAUGUAGUAUUUUUGUCAAACAUUGCCAUUUUCCCCAUGUCUCUGGGUAAGUAUGAAAUGUUCUGAGGAGAGGAAUAGUACUUUAGACAUGUUUCUGAGACGCAUUUCCCCUUUUUUAUUUUUUGACUCUUCACAGUAUGUUGAUUCUCUCUUACGUAGCUUGUUUGUGUAGGUAGUUGGAUUUUCUGAACUGAGGGUUUGAAUGUCAGCACUCUGUCACACUGUCGGUAGGAACUGUUUAAGGAUGUCCAUGUGGUUUUUUGCGUUCUGAAUUCCUGACCUGCUAAGUGCCAUUGCCUAGUUGAGACUGUUAUGUUCUUUGAAAAAAAAAAAAAAAGAAAAAUGCCAUUUAAUUGCAACAAACUUGCUUAGAAAACAAACUCCUACUGCAUAAAUCCAGCAUAGCAUGCUUAGGUUUCUGCUGUCAUUACUUUAAUGUCCUAUAUGAGCAUGUGGAAUGCUAGUAGUGGAAGUGCUUCUGACUUAGUCCAGUGUUGAUUUCUGACAUUUUUUCUGAAUGAGCACUGUUGUUGAAAGGCUGUUAACUUUAAGAAAAGAACGAAACGAUCUUUUUUUGACUGUUCACUGAUGGCAAACAGUGCAAUUAUAUCUGAUCUUUGCAGUGUCGUCCCAGACCUUGCACCUUAGGUUCUGCUGCAAUAACACAGGUAAGCGAAACCUAAGGAAACCCAAGUGUUUUUGUCCAGUGACAUGACCAAUAUAUAUAUUCACAUGCAAAACAAAUGCUUACCUGUGUCUUUAACAUGCCUCAAUGCAUUCAUGCCUAGUCGUAAAAGAAAAUGUCCAGGAUCUCUGAGUCUUUUUAAAAAGAUCUUUGAUGAAUGAACUGCAUGAUUUAUGAGCUGUAUGACUUGUCACAUGAAGAAGUUUUGACUUUACCCAGAACAAAGUUGUUGCAUAGGCUCACUGAGGAAAUGUUGUCAUUGUCGUAUGUGCUUUUUUAAAUAUUUGAUAAUAGCCUUAUUCCUUUCUUGCAUCCCGGUAAGUCUGACAGUGACUGUGUAUCGAUGCUUUAUUUUUUUUAGACUUUGACACUGGUACAUUUAAACUGCAUGCCAUGUUGUCAGAAGUUAGCAAUGUGCUGAAAUCGCUAGGUCAAGAAACGGUGAAAUACAUGAUUUUUAUUUUUUUAUAUUUCUCUGUCGUGGUGUGAAUCUGCCCUCAAGUGCAGUGCAAAUCUCCUAUUGAAACGCUGCUGCCUUCACUUCUCGCUCACAGUGUUGGAGGACGCUGCAAGCUUAGGUCAUAGAAUCAGGCCGUGUCGUAGUUUGUCCCCAAAAGGAGGAAUCCUUUGAGUCAAUCCCACUGAUGAACGUAGACCGUUCAAGAGCUCCAGUGAUAAGG